AUGGGAAGGUGGAUCCACACAGUUCAUGGGCUCACAGUGAGCGGAGAUGCUCCUGAAGAGGUGGCUCUUCUAGAGGGUCUGGCCUCUGCUGCUGCCGGUGACUAUCGCGGAGCCAUCCGCAACUACGACCUUGCUUUAGAAUCCAACGACAUGGAAGUGAGAGGGGCAGCAAUGUUUCGCAAAGGCCAGGCCUUGGGAUCUCUGCAAGAUGUACGUGGCGCCAUGCAGUGCUUUUCGGAAGUACGCCGCAUGGCUCAGCAGACAUCCUCUGUGCAUCUAAGGAUGCAAGUCCUGCGAGAGGAGGGUUAUGCUGCAAGGUCCUUGCGUACAGGCAAGCGAAAGAUGGAAGAGUCUUGCCGGCUUGCCGAAAGACUCGAAGACCAGCAAUCUUUAGCCGUAUGUAUUUCUGGCCUUGCAGUGAUUCAGAACAGACUUGGCAACAUUGCGGCAUCGCUGAAUCACUUCAGAGAAGCAGAGAGAAUUGAUGAGACAUUUGGCAAUGACAGAGGUCGAGUCUACAACCUCAACGGGGCUGCCGUAGGGUACCGCAAUCUUCAUCAAUACGCAGAGGCCAGCACUGCUUGGCAGACUGCACUUGCUCUCGCAGAGAACUUGAAUAUGAAACCGAUGAUCAUGAAAAUUCUCUGCAACCUACAGAAUCUUUAUGCACUGAAUUUGGCAGAUAUCGCAGCAGCACAGCAGUGGAGGCGACGCUGUGUGGAGUCGUUGCAAGCUCUGGGUCGAGAGCCCUGGGGGCCAGAGUGCCCCAUUUGCCUGCAAAACUUGGACAAUGGGGAGAAGGCACCAUUGACCACGGUGAUGCCACAGGAGUUUGACCUUCAACGCCUGGCGGAUCGACUUGGCAAGGAGUUGGAUCGCACCGUGGGGCAGUUAGAGUCCGUAGAGCGGGUGGUCCGCAACUCCAACAAUGAAAAGCGGGAGUUGCAGGCUCAGCUGAGCGAGACCAUUGCCAGCUAUACGGAGGCCAUAGAGAAGUUGCACCAGCAACUGACACCCAGCAAGGGAGGUCCGGCGGCUGCGCUGCAACUGCAGAUCCAUGAUGGCCGUGCCUUGAACAGCCGGCUGCAGCUGGAAGCGCAGGAGCUCAGGCAUCAAGUGGAGGAGGAAAAAGCUGCAGGCGAUGAUGGACCUGCGGCGCAGAAGAGAGCGCGCGCGAUCGACGCCUUCAAGUCGGAGAUUGCCAAGUUGCGGGCGCAAAUCAAUGCGCUGGCCGGCAAUGCCGAGAUGCACUCGCAACGGGACAUGACGCGCGCGGAUGAACUGCGACGUCUACGCUCGGAUGUGAGUAGCUUGAACCGAGAGAAGGAAGCCUUGGAACAAAGCGUGGCACAGGCAGACAAGGAGAAGGAAGACCUCAUCGAGAAUUUCCUUUACACCAAGGGCUGCCUCGACAAGCUGCAGAUCGCCUGCAUCAACUCUCCAGCCUGUUCCCCCGAGCAUGAGAGAGAGGUGGCUCAGCUCCGGGACACUUACAACCAGGUGGUGGAUGAACGGAAUCGUUUGAUGGUCCGCGUGGAGGCCAUGGACAAGGACCGUGAGAAGCAAAAGCAGAUUCGAGAGUCUGCAUUGGAGAAGGUCUCUCAGGCCAAUGCGAGGCUCUUGGAAGAACGAGACCGCCUGGAGAAGGAAAAGGCCCGGGUGUCCGCCAUGUACCAGCAGACCGUCGGCAUGCUCGCACACUCUGCAGCCAAAGCAGAAGCUGACGAGGAGAGCAACGUGGCAGCCUUCGAGUCCCUGAAAGCGAAGGUGGUAAAGAUGCGGGAUCUGCUCCAGAAGAAGGAGGAGGAGAACGACUCCUUGCGAGUGCGGCUGAGGCGGCUGGCACGGCCCGAGUGCAAGGCGCCGGGACUGGCGCCGCCCUGA